CCAACUCCUAUAGCCAGGCCAUCCGACCCGAUCUUUUUAUAGAUUUGGCCGUUAGAGCGUCUGUCUUUCGCCCCCCUGCUCGCAAAUUCAAAUCCAAAACUUCAAAACUAACUCUCAAGCAGAGGUUUGUAGAGAGAGACCAAAAAAAAUGGCGAGAAACGAAGCAAAGGCCAAAUCAGCGAGGCGAGCACUGAGGGAUUUACCGAACAAUAACAAUAAUAAUACUCACACAAACAGCAGCAACGAUUGUGGAAGGUUCUCGAAAUCUAUAAAGACUACCAAGAAACGUAUCUCUGAGAAAGAAAUCGAAAAGCAACAAACUGCCUCUACUAUACAACGGCAACACCAAGAAGCAAAAGAAGAAGAAGAAGAUUGUCUCGAUCUUCUCUUGCUUGUCCAGUCCGAUCUCUCCUCCCUCACUCGUCAGAUUGAUGAAAUUGUUGCGCAAGCAUUUGAAGUGAAGACCACAAGCAAACAAGGGAGAAGAGAAAUUGAAUCCUUUUCUCAUGUCUUGUCUGAUAUGAUUUCAUCUUUAAAGCCAUGGGUUCCCAGAUUUCAAAAAGCCCUUUCUAGGAGUCCUUCUGCUGAGUUUGGGGUGAAGUGUUUGGCAAAUAAAACCGUUUCUGCUGUAAAUGAUGAUGACAAAUUCGAAGUUGAAAGUCCAAAACAAACAGGGAGAAACUCCUUGAUUUCUCCUUCUCCUCUUGUCUCAUGGAGAGCAGCUGACGCCAACAUUGAUAGAGGCAGACAUCUUUUCCUGCUCACACCUCUUCCUAUGUCGAAAACGCUGUCUUCGAAACGUAUGGACUUGUCUAAAUCACUAUUUGAAGGGUUUACUCCAAAUCAUCCUGUUGUUGAGGUACCAUCAUUUCUAACAUUUUCUCAACAUGAAAAUGAUGAUUGGCUUCAAGGUACAGCUACAAAGCCAACCCCCGAAAAGCCUUCUGAUUCGGUUGUGACUGAAGCUAAAACAAUUGUUGAUUCUCAAUGUGUUUCCUCUCCAAUCUUCUCUAAAACAGAUCACUCUGUCCUUGUUAUGACUCCUUACUUAAAAAUGUCCCCUCCAAAAUCUUGUGUUUUGCUCGAACCCUUUUCUGAGUCUACUCAUAAAGGCAGAUUCAUGGUUCGAAAGUCUACCCCUUUCCCUGUUGGGAUGCUUGCACACAUCUCUGAAUCCUCCUCUGACAGUGAAGCUUCUUCUGAGGACUUGGCUUCCAAGUAUCCAGAGCUUUUGGGGAUACAACGGGCCUGUGAUAAACCCAACGUGGGAAAGAAAGAGUUUGAGACAUCCCCUGGUUGGUUGUUUUCACCUCCUAAAACUUGUGUACUAUUGGAGCCACCAGAUGAGAAAUCACCGGACACCAUUGCUGUUGAUCACCGCUUGUCAAUCACUGCUCCUGACUCGAAUCAGCAGAUAAAAUUGAGUUUAUUUAAAGAAGACAAUGAUCAACCUUGUAACAAAGUUUCUGCAGAACCUAGAGUUAACAGCCUAACACUAGCUGAAAGCACCCCCAUGUGGAAAGAACCUGAAAGCACAAUGACGAAAGGGAAGCGUCCAGGCGAGAACACUCUGAAGAAGGAGCUAUGGACAAAGUUUGAAGCAGCCUCUUCUUAUGGGCUUCGUUUAGAUGUCUCUUCUUUGCAAAGGACUGCACAGAAAGGAUUUCUUGACAUGCUUGAUGAAGUUUCUUGCGAUGGGGAAUGCCCAGUUGAUAUUUGAAAUUUUUUUGACUUGCAAAUCCUGUUUUAUGGUAUUCCCAAUAUCUUUUUGUAUCACUACUAUAGCUCCACAGCACAUGUCUUUGGCCUUGUUCAUAAAUUCAUGUCCUGAAAAGGUUGAUA